GCGUGACGACAACACUACCGUGACCGUGUGCGCAGUCGAGUCCCCAAAGCGCCGAGUCGCGGUACAUUCUCUUUCAUUGACGAACAAAUAAAAAAAAUAACCCAGUGAGUCAGUCAGUACCGAUUACACCGAUGUAUCGGCACACCUAUUAGAUCACCCAGUUAUCCAGUUCUGUUGAGUGUCAGUGCACCGAAUAAACUCAAAAUAUCGUGUGUUUGUCAACACCAGUUGAUCGUAAAGAAUUGUUACUUGAAAUUCUGGUUUGUUCGGCGAGUUUUAAGAACAAGUUGAGACGAUGGCGAGUUUAUGUGGGCGUGCAACAGCCGUUGCGAUCCUCGUGCUGCUAAACCUAGUUUCAGCAUUAACGAAUGGACAGUUUUUGGAAAUUUUACCACCUGGUGAUCCUCAGUCGAGGCCAACAGGGAGUAGGCUUAUGCUAACGUGUAAACAGACUGGCGCUGAUCCUAAUCUCGUUACAAAUCUUCAGUGGUUGGAUCCGAACAAUAGGGCUAUCGAAUCUCGGAGCACGUUCCAAUCAAAAACGGGUUCACCCACACCUGGUUUGUACACCGAGCUGCAUCAGGACGCGAGUUUGUCACUCGUGUUCAAUCCACUGAGGGAUGAACAAGCUGGAACGUACACCUGCUCGGCGAAUUACGCUAAUGAACCGUUCAAUAAGUCGGUUCAGGUUGAUGCUAUUGACGCUCUAAAAUGGCUGGACGCCCCCGAGCACCAAUUCGCGAUCCUCAACGAGGAAGCCCUGAUAAAAUGUAAAGUGACAGCCCGUCCGGCGCCCACCGUAACCUGGCUGAAAGACGACCAACCGAUCUUCACGAACGACCACUACAUCGUGGAAACUCACGCCCUCAAAAUCACCAACGUCCAAAUGGAGGACCAAGGUGUCUACACAUGUCAAGCCGCAGUGGUUCGCUCCGGAGAAUUCGACGAACGCAAGAUAUCCGUAGAGGUUCACGAAAAACCCAAGAUCGAAGAACGGCAAUCGCAAGUGGAGAUUGUGGAAGGCAAGACAGAGACAAUAGCCUGCAAGGCUCGAGGCAUUCCACCCCCUCGUUAUUCAUGGGUGAAAUCCCUGACCAAAGAAAACCUGACAACAGUAGAUCGCUUCAGAGUGGACUCGGAGGAAGGAAUUUUGACCAUCAACAAUGUGAAUCGCGAGGAUUCUGGGGAGUACCAGUGUAUCGCUGAGAAUGCAGCUGGAAUUGCGAGCUUAGAUAUUCGAGUAGAUGUGAUGUCGAAGCCGAAGAUCAUGGAAUUCUUGAACAGAACGAUGCCAGUGGGCAAACAGGUGGAGAUCACGUGCAAAGCAUUUGGUCGUCCUCCACCGGAGGUCACGUUCAGAAAGCACACGACUGUGAAGCCUUUCGUCAAGGGUCUACAGCCUGAAGACGACAGAAUCCAGCUGCAAGCCAUGUACGAUAAUCAGAGAGGAGAAACUGUUGCCAGCUUGACCAUUCAGAAUAUAUUGAGAAAGGACGAUGGAUUGUACGAGUGCAUCGCAACAAACAAAGUCGCAACUGCGUAUAAGAAUGGACACUUGACUGUUGAGUUCCCCCCGUCCUUCGAGUCCAUGGAAAAUCAGACGAUGUGGUCGUGGGAACAGAGGCCUGUCAAUCUAACUUGCAUUGCUGAAAGCAUCCCCAAUGCCACGAUCAGGUGGAUGUUGAAUGAUAGAGAAAUCGAGAGGUUGGACAUUGGUAACUCGUUUAGGAUCACUGGGAAUGGACCUAUCAGCACACUCACUGUGACGCCGAAUGACAUAAGGUUCUAUGGAGAUUAUAAGUGCGUGGCCAGCAAUAUUCAUGGGAAACGGGAGAAGCUUAUUGUGCUGAGGGAGGCUGGCAGACCUGGAACUGUUCUCGAGUCCAGGAUGGCGGAGUUGACUGCAACCACUAUUUCGUUUAGUAUUCUUCUACCACCCACUGAACCUGAACUGCCGCUACAGACUAUUACGGUUCAGUAUAAGGAAGUCAAUCAGAACUGGCCGGAGGCGAAGAAUAGGACUUGGUCGAUAAACUCGCCAUACGUCCUAGAGAACUUGAAACCAGAGACGAACUAUGAAUUUAGAUUCCGCGUGCGUAAUCAGGUAGGUGAGAGUAACUGGGGUGGAAACCUCGUGCAGAUCACACCUCAGCGUACGAUUCCAGCAGCUCCGAAAAUGAAAAUGCGAAAGGACAAUGCUAAUUAUGACGAGUCACUCUAUGCGCAUCAGUACGAAGUGCAGUGGAUUGCUCCAUCAGACAAUGGUGAGCCCAUUCAGGACUACGACGUUCGCUGUUGCGAGAUGACACGUAUAGACGAUGAAUUCAAGGUGCUCGAGGGCACAUGUAGAAACGAACCACUCAAAGGUCUCAGACUGAAACAUUGGCUGAAAAAUCUCAAGCCAAAUACCUUCUACCGGGCUGACGUCAGAGCCCGUAAUAUCAUUGGCUACGGAGAUCCAGGCUUCGUCCUAUUCAAAACUGCAGCAGAAUCAACCGGCAGCACUGCGGACUACUCGAUAGUAUCUGCUGGGGAUACUGCCAAGCCAAUCCUUCAUGCAAUUGUCACGGCUAUUGCGUUAAUCUCAUUAGUGUUCUAGAGUUGAUGUUCAAUAAAUACGGGGGAAAAUGCAUAAACAACAGUUUGAAACAUUGUACACUUGACAGUAACCGAUCGAACAAAUUCGCUUGAAGUGAAGAAGACACUUAUUCAUCGACAAAGUACAAUAACAGUUAAUUUUUAAUUAUGUUGGGAGUCGAAUGGCAAAAUGAAAUGAGUCGAAAAUUCAUAGAUCAACAUUUGGCUGAUAUCUCCGGAAGAGAGAAGUUGAGAAAAAAAGUCGUGCGACUUCUCGUUUAAAAGCAUUUGCAAAAUAUUCUGUAGCAAAUUUCUAGGCUUUAAGCUUGCAGACAAUCUUGCAAACAUCUUGCCAGUAAACCUUUCUUCAGAGAAUUUCUUAUGACGUUUUUCUCCAGACUCAUUAGUGUCUGAGUUAUGAACCAAAAAAUUCUAUGACAUUUUCGGAGAUAUCUCACCAUUUUACCAUUCGUCAUAAUUCCACAACAUCAUAACUCUCAUCAGAACAUAACGUCGAGUGGAACAAACAGUUGAACACGUUCCACAAAAACCAACACUAAAGAUAAAUGUAAAGUAGGAUUAAUUAGGAUGGUACGUUAAUUACAUUCCGAGAACACGUGAAUAGGUGAAAUUCCAUACCAAGUAUUUCGGGGGUAUAUGUGAAAUUAAUCAUGAGUCGAUGUUUUUCGAUAAAAUAUUGGUGAUCAGUAUCAAAUAACUGUAUUACUGCAUUUGUACUAAUCAACAUUGUUGAAUGCUCAUCUUUAAAAAAAGCCAAACGUACUGGUACGUUACUUUCGUCUUUGGUAUUUUCAUCUGCAACUUCGAUAAAAUUUAGCACAUUCAAUUGCUAAUUAUCUUCUUGUGAAACUCGUCGCGGCGACGAAACGAUGACAUUUAAUCGUACCGCGAUUGAUGGAAAAUUAUUAAUCAUUGGGAUAAAAUGUUCAGUUGCUGCCUUGCAUUGCCAAAAAAUGCCUGAUUGCUUGUUGUUAAUUCAUUGGCAACGUGACAAUAUUUUUUAUAAAAUUACUAUACACUCGAAACGAGAUUCAACGAUUUAGACUUAAGAUCGAACAUUUGGAUUUUUUUUUGUUAAUUUUCGUUUCUUUGGGAUCUUUAUCUUGAUUCUGGUUCUGUUAAAAAAUCAUUUGCAUGUAUCGAAAAUCCGUUUUUAUCGGACAAUACGAUGUGAGUGUUCCUUUAGGUUAUUUUAAUUCUAUUAUUUGUACACUGUUAGACCAAAGUCGUCUGUGCUAAUUUCACGGUGCAUUUUCGAUUCUUUUUUUUUAUUGGAAUGUUGUGCAGACCAUUCGAUACAGUGUACAGACAUUGAAUGCAGAUGGGACUCAUUCCAAUGCAGUGUUUUUGUUUUGGAUGGGAGGGGGACAAAGUGAACUUUUUUUUUUCGCUUCGAAUAAGUUUGAAUUGGCGGAGUCGAAUCUCACGAGCUCUACCUCAUUUCAAAGUACUGUUUGUGCUGUGAAAUGAAACAAAAUUUGUCAAGAAAAUAUGUAAUCGGAGGAAUGACCUGUUUUUCCCUCUCCUACUCCACUUUUUCUAAAUUAUCUUUUGGGGAUUACUAGUUUGCUUGAUUAGUUCAAACGAAAUUACUAGAAUAAGAAACAUAAACAUAAGUGUUUAGUGCGCAUGAUCUGUGAGUAAUGAAUAUCAAUUAUGUUUAAUUAAUUAUUUAGUUUUAAAUGGACCCUAUGAUUUAGUUUAUUUUUUCAUUAUCAUUCAUCAAUUUCAUUGAUAGAGAGAGAGAAUUAUUAAUAAUAAUUUAAUGAAAUCCGAGCUCUUCAUUAUUUCUAUUUAGUUAAUUGGUAACUAAUAACGAGGGUUAAAAAUCUGCAUUGAAGUGAUCUGUUUUACCGAGGUAAUCCAACAAUUCACAACAAUGAUUGUGCAAUUAAAAUUUCUUGAGCCAAAUGUCAACUUUUUUUCUUGACAUUUCGUCUCAAAAUCAUUCACUACUAAAAUAGUUUCACAAUUACUACUUCAGUGCAGAAGUAUUUGCAUGGCACGUGCGUUAUCACAGUUAUUUUAUCACUUCAUAAUCAUCGAAACCGAUCAGUCAACCGAAGUAUUGAAUUAUUCGUCGCGGCGAGUCGUCGUGUGCCCAGUGACAAUAAAGAAUUGCCUAAAAAGAUGAAUAAUAAAUUUUUCAAUUUUUCACUUGAAUAAGAAGAAAUCCCAAAAACCACUAAUAUUCAUCUUUUUAUUCGAUUCACCUAAAGACGCAUUGAGAAACCUUAUACAACCGAGCCAACCGAGUUAAAAUAUUUGAUUUAUGAAUAUGAAUAACAGACUCGGAGAAUGCAUUUAGCCAUAGCGAAGGGGUUUGUUUAUUGUGGCGCUUCGCGCAAUUACAGUCAAACGCGGUAACUGAGGAAGUAGUAUACGUUAUAAAGAGUGGAAAGUAGAAAAAACAGGAAUGAACAGAAAAAAACAGAGAGAGAGGAGGAGAGAAAAACGAGGAAAAGGGCUGAAAGGGUUUUGCGUUUAUGCUCGGGAAGCGUUCGCGCGUUUGACAAUGGCCGAUUUUUUCCCUAAACCACCCCCACCCCCCACCCCCUCCCGGCCGACCGUUAAUGACGACGGAGGAAGAGGUAGAACAAACAGGGAGCCAAGGAAAAGUGUAAAAAAACAUUGCGGAAUCCCAACUUCUGUGACUAUUUCAAUUUUUUUUCUUUUAGUUUUCUGGUACUGCAGUUUCGAUUGUUUUCUUCUACAAUGAAAAAUCCACUGGGACUCACAGUCCAUUCUGCGUACAUCGCCGUACGUUACUUUUACGUGUAUAAAUAGUCGUGUACAAUUUUAGAUGUGGGGUAGGAAUACGAUCCAAAAGAGAAUCUUGGCACUGGGAGAUAUUAUCCUCGGUCGAAUGGUGAUGUCUAAUGGUUCGAACCAUCAAAUUAAUUUGAUUUCAGAAUAGAUGGGAUUUUGGGUGAUAGAAGAGAGGGUUUGAGGCAGACUAGGGCGAUUUUGAUGAUCAAUUCAUUAAAGUUGAAAAAGGGAAAUUUGAUAAAUUUUUGUGUGUUUUCAAAAUCGUUUUUUUUUGGAAAUGCAAACAAGAUCAUCUUGUUUUCAUUGUUGGAUUCGGAUGUAUUGAAGAUUUUUUAAGAGAUUUUUUGAGAACUUUUUUCCAGAGAAAAUUAGAAUAUUCGAAAACAAUCCUCGAAAAACCAUCAACAAUUGCACUCAAUUAAUUUAAUAUUCAUUUAAUUGAAUUUAUCUUUAAUCAAUUUUGUUGGGUCAACAUCUUUCGAUCAUGGAAGGAUAGCUAAGUCUUCUUUCAAACCGUUUCUGUACUUGAGAGAAAAUUAAGAGCUGCAAAGGAAAAGUCAUUAUGAUUUUUUUAUGUGUACUGAUUCCAGUAUUUUUUGCUCAAAAUUAAUUUGUUCUUGAAAACAUUAUCAAUUCACCUGAGAGGGUUCACGGAAAGAAAAAGUGUGGGGCUGAAUAGGUCGAUUUUGAUAACCGAUAAAUUGAAAUUUAGAGAAUGAAAAUUGAUAAAUUGUUCUUUAUUUCCAAAAUCUUUUCUAUUAUGUUUGAGAAUGAAGAAAAAUCAUCUCAUCAGUAUCAUUAGGCUCGAAAAUAUUAAAGAUUUCUGAGAAGCUUCAUUUUUUCUCACUCCCACAUUUAAAAGCCAAAGAAAAUAAGAGGAUUUUUAGAAAAUGCUUUUCUCAGAAAAAAUCAGAAUCGUUGAAAAAUCAUUAAAAAGGGUGUCACACAGGUUUUUCGGAUUUCUUAAAAAUAUCUUGCAAUCAAAAUAAUAGAAAUGACCAAAUCGCUACAGAAACCUUUUCUGUUCUCGGCAAAAAAUCGUGGAUUCCGAAAAAGUCAUUACGAAUUCCUCUAUCUCCCCAGCCUCAUAUCUCUCAAAAAAUGAAAAUAUCGAGAGGAAACGGUGCUUGUCUGGACUUCUUUGACGUUUUACUGAUUAUUUAUGAAAAUUUAUUUAAAAUCACUAUUCAUGCUUCAACUGUGUCAAACGUCCUUUGGAUUAUUUUAUGCUGAGAAAGUGUUGGCCCGAAUAAGUUGUUUUUGAUAAUCGAUUAAUGGAAAUUGUGAAAAUGAACUUUGAUAAAUUCUUCAAUCCUUAUUUUCCAAAUCCUUUCCAUUGUGAUAGAGAAUGCAGAAAAAUCAUCUCAUUAGCAUCAUUAAAUUCGAAAAUAUUGACGAUUUUUGACAAAUUCCAUUUGUUCCGACUCCCAUAUUUUAAAAUCCAAAGAAAACAAGAGGAUUUUCACAAAAUGCUGUUCUCAGAAAAAAUUCGAAUCGUUGAACAAUCAUUAAAAAUUGUAUCACACCGGUUUUUCCGCUUUCUUAAAAAUAUCUUGCAAUCAAAUCAAUAGAAAUGACUAAAUCGCCAUAGUAACCUUUUCCGCUCUGGAAAAAAAAUCGUGAACUACGAAAAAGUCAUUACGAAUUCCCCCAUCUCCCCUAGCCCCAUAUCUCCCAAAAAUGAACUUGCCCUUAGAAAUAUUAUCAUCACUCGAAUUGUCAGAUUUAAUGACUACCUCAUUAAUUCACUCCCUCCACGUCGAUGAAACCCUCCUCAAAUGAUCCCUUCACCGGGUCAAAAGAAAUUCUUUCUCCCCUUAAUACAACAUUCAACCUUUGAUCUCUAACGAUAUUAAUACUUUCUCGAGAAAAAUAACACCGUCAAAGGAGAGAAAAAGUCAAAGAACCACCAAAAGACCAACUCAACCCUUUUCACCGUUUUACUCUCAUCUUGAUAGCACACCGCAUAUGCAUCCAUUCAGAGAAGAAAAAAAAACAAGUCGUCGUUCAUAAUAUCCAUAAUUUUCAUUUUAUUUCCCCUCUGUAACUCAAGCCUAUUAUACAUAAAUAUUAUUAUACAUGUAGAUGUUAUGUAUGUAUGCAUAAAGGUGUUUUUAAAAAACGCUCUUAUUUAUGAGAAUGAGGGUUUCAUUUUGAAGAUAGUUUUCUCACUCCUAUUUUUCUCUUUUAUGUUCACGAGAAAGGAAAACAUAAAACAUUAUAUUAUUGUACAUACAUUAACAACGAUAAAAGAAAAAAAGAAGAUAAAUAUACAAUAAGUGUCAAAAAGUG